CUCUUCUCUUUUGAUUUUGUUGAUUUCUGGUAACAUAAAUGAUUUACUGAAUUUAUCAUUUGAAACAUCGACUUGAACCCUUUUCUCCCAAACUAGUAGGACUCAAAGCGACUCCGGCGCUGUGACCGGGGACUCAUCCCCCCCUCGGAAUUACCCUCCUCCUUCGGUGCCAACUCUUCCUGAAUCUCCGCAUACCGCCGGUAGACCUGAGGCAGGAAGUACGAUGUGAUGUCCACUUCGCCGCCCUUGAAGGCAAAGGCAAAGAAGGCCUGUAAGCCGCGUCGCGUGCGCAGCUCCUCAUCCGAGACCAUGGCGCGCACAACGUUGAGGUAGGCUUGCGCGUCGGUACCCUGCCCACGGCGCUCCAGGAACCCCGUCACGGCGUGAAUGGCAUCCAGGUCGCUCGUCGCAUGCUUGCUGACGUCGACCUGCAGCUUGACGUGGGGAUAUUUGUACUUGGGAUGAAUGUCAAAGUAGAAGGUAACGCCGCUGACAUUGGCGUUCGGUUUGCCGUUAGUCGUCCCGUUGCUGACGACCGAGUGAGCGUUGCUCGGGGCUUCGGCCGUCGUCGGGAAUUCGGGGUCCAGCCCCUUGAGCGCGUACCAUAGCUCUUUCAGCUGGGCCAGCGACUCGGCAAACUCGGGCUUGCGGCCACCCAACGUCAUCACGGCUGCCAGGUGGUCGAACGUGGUGUUGGUCGUCGUCACGUAGACCUUGAACCGCGAGGUCGCCACGUCGCAGCAAUCGAUCGCCGUCGUGCCCAGGAUCGUGAGGUACUUGCCCUGCGGGUCGUGCUCCACAAAUUCGCGCACCAUGUUCAGCACGUCCAGCGACGCGUCCGGCCCGUAGGCGUCGCGCAUGGCCCGCGGGAAGAUCGUGGGUAGCAGCUCGGGGACCUGCGCCGGCGACCGGGUCAUCAGGCCCGCCAUCACCUCGACGUCCGGCGAGUCAGGGGCGCAUUGCAGGCCGAUCAGGAUGGAAGAGCCCGCCACCGCCCGUGUGGACUCGUCCGUCAGACUGGGUCGAAUGUGCGCGCCAAACUUCCACGCCAGGGGCAAUUCUACCCCGGGCACCAGCUGGCCCAAAUGGUGCAGCAUCUCCUUGGCGGCAAACUCAUUCAGUGGGUCGGCCGUCGUCCCCGUCAGGGGGCCGAUGGCCUCGAUGUAGUGCCGGAUCAGGGGCUUGGUGUUCGGGCCAGUGCCCCAGCGCCAGCUGUAGCCGAUCGGCGAGCCAUCGCCCACCCCCGGGGCGACCCGACUGCGGAAUCCGGGGGUGGCGCUGGUCGGCCGGGGCCCCAGACGUGGGGCGAUCACGAACCGGUAGAAGAGCAGCAGCUCGACCUGGCGGGCUUCCGGGUAGCGACCCUCGUGCAUCAUGCGCGCGAAGUGUCGCCCCGUCGUCUGCCACCAGAAGACCUGGUUAGCAUCAUCCGUGGGGAGGUAUCGGGAGACAUUGUGGAAGACACGCAGCUGGGACUCGAAGUCGUCCGUGUCAGAUACAGUGGAACCCAUAGUGGGGUACGUUCUCGCAACGGGCUCGAGUCUCACACUCGAUGUUUCAAAAGGAAGAUAGUCAGUCCCAAGGGGGAAAAGGGGGAGACAAGGGCCUGUAAGCACUAUUUGCAAUCGCGCAAAAACGCACAUUCUGGAUGGGAUGUCGGGCUUUAACCUCUCCUGAGUGAUGUUCAACUCGGGUUUUAUGAACUGAGCGUCCUGCUGCGGUGGUGACCUCGACUUCUCUUCCAACCCGCUUGCCGAGCCACAUCGGCUUUUGAUUUUUAAACACCGGGCAUUUGUCGAGAGCUGAUGAGAUGCCUCCGAUUCUGGCGCAAGGACUGCGCUGAUGACUAUGCUGUAUAGGAGGCCCUUUCGCGGUGGGAAGAAGAAACAAAGAGGACAGAAAAGAAGAUUCUCUAGUGGGUGAUCACCCACUCCUUAUCUAUGGCGUCUCACUAUUUGGACCGUUUGUACGCCUGGCUAGGCGAGGGUUCCAUUGUCACCCAGUUCAUUCGGCUCGUCCAGCUAUUCAUUCGAGCAGAUCAUUCGGAUUCAGGUAAUGCAAAGAAUAUUUUCCCCGAUGAGGAUGGCCGUUUGCCAAACCCUCCGGUCGGUGACGAGAUACUCUGGCGCCACGCUGCACCGGAGACGACCCUGAUGUGGGCAUUUCUGCAAAAAGUAAACUCCAAAUACGGCUACUCGCUCCAGACAUAUCAAGAUCUCCACCACUGGAGUAUCACGCACCGUGGCGAAUUCUGGGCCGAGGCGUGGGACUUUUGCGGUGUACGACAUUCACGGAUAUACGACCAGGUCGUGGACGAUGCGGCUGCAAUGUGGCCACGACCCGCCUGGUUCAGCGGUGCCAAGCUGAACUUUGCGGAGAACCUCCUGUUUCCCACACAGCCCCUGUCAGAGGACACCGUCGCGGUGAUUUCCAUCGCCGAGGGGGACGGGGGCCGCGAGUUCAUCACCUGGAAAGACCUGCGCGAGCGGGUACGCCAGUGCCAGGCCAGCAUGCGUGCCCUGAAGAUUCAGCCUGGCGAUCGGGUGGCGGGAUACGUCGCCAACCAUAGCACUGCGCUCGUUGCAAUGCUGGCUACGGCCUCGCUGGGUGCCAUCUGGACGGCCGUCAGCCCCGACACGGGCAUCAAGGGGACGCUGGACCGCCUCGUGCAGGUCGAACCCCGGCUACUGUUCACCGAUAAUGCCGUCAUCUACAACGGCAAAUUAUACUCCGUGUUAGCCAAGGCCCAGGAGAUCGUCGCUGCUCUGCCCUCCCUGGAAGCCGUGGUAGUUGUGCCUACCGUAGCGGGCGCCCAAGACCACCUCCCGAGUGCUGGUUCUGCCUCCUCCACGGCACAAUGGACAUACGAGGGCUUCAUAGCCCAAGGAUCCGAGUCGCAGCCGUUGGAAUUUGUCUACAUGCCGGCGGAGCAUCCCCUGUACAUCCUCUACAGCUCCGGCACCACAGGCGCGCCCAAGUGCAUCGUGCACGGGGCCAUCGGGACACUACUGCAGCACAAGAAGGAACAUAUGUUGCAGAGUGACAUCCGGCCGGGCGAUCGACUCUGCUACAUCACGACGUGCAUGUGGAUGAUGUGGCAUUGGCUGGUGUCAGGACUAGCUUCGGGAGCCACGGUAGUUUUGUAUAACGGGUCGCCGUUUUACUACACCUCCGUUUCCCAGAAAAUCUCGAUGAAAGACGAGCUCGCCAUGCCGAAGUUGAUCGACGAGCUUGGUGUCACCCAAUUCGGGGCCAGCGCCACGUACUUCUCCAUGCUAGAGCGCAGACAGCACUGGCCCAGAACCGCUGCAGGAGGGGGCUUAUCCUUGAAGACGCUCAAGGCCGUCUACUCCACGGGCUCGCCGCUUGGCCCGUCAACAUUUCGUUACAUCUAUCAAGCUUUCGGUCCGCAGGUGAAUCUUGGCUCGAUCUCGGGCGGGACGGACAUUAUCGCCGACUUUGGCGUACCCUCCCCCUUGAAGCCCGUGAUCACCGGGGAAAUUCAAGCCAUUGCGUUGGGCCUGGCAGUUCAGGUCAAAGGCCCUACAGGCACUGAUUUGAGUGCGACUGGCGAACCGGGGGAAUUGGUUUGUUUGAAGGCAUUUCCAAGUCAACCGAUCCAAUUCUGGGGCCCCUCGGGUCCGGCAAAAUAUCAUUCCUCCUACUUCGCCAAAUACCCUGGGGUCUGGGCCCACGGUGACCACAUCCAAAUUAAUCCGCGCACGGGUGGGCUGAUCAUGCUAGGCCGGUCAGAUGGGACACUGAACCCCAGCGGAGUGCGAUUUGGUAGCGCAGAGAUAUAUCACUUGCUACAGCAUCGUUUCGCAGCGCAGAUUGAGGACGGGCUGUGCGUGGGCCGACGUCGGCAGCAGGAUUCCGACGAGACGGUCGUGUUGUUUGUCAAGAUGCGCAAGGAUCAGCACUGGACGCCAGCCCUGGCUGAAGCAAUCCGCCGUGUCGUGCGGGAGGAGCUUUCGCCGCGACAUGUUCCUGGAUUUAUCGACGAGUGUCCGGAGAUUCCAGUGACGGCGAACGGGAAGAAAGUGGAGGUAUUGGUGAAGAAGAUAGUAAGUGGGGUCGAGAUUGCAGAUGCCGGGGGAUCGGGUGCAGUGAAUAUCGAGUGUCUGCAGUGGUUCCAGGACUGGGCAAGUCGGAAUUGAGUUGGAUUGGAAGAACUGUAGAUACAAGCAAGAUCAAUGGAUUAUACGAGUGUACGUUUUAUAGCAUGGAUAAAUCUG